GUCAGUUCCGCCUGUUCAUUGAAUUCAUUUGCCAUCCUUCCUUUUACACAGUCUUGGCCAUAGUAAAAACAAAACUAGCUUUGCUCUUUGUCUGUGUAGCUCAUUUACAUUUAUUUCCAAAUUUCAAGUCAAGCAUCAUGUUCUACCACAUAUCUUUAGAACAUGAGAUUCUGCUGCACCCUCGUUACUUUGGCCCUAAUCUUCUGAAUACGGUGAAACAGAAGCUCUUCACUGAGGUGGAGGGGACGUGUACAGGAAAGUAUGGAUUUGUCAUUGCUGUGACCACAAUUGACAACAUAGGAGCAGGUGUUAUUCAGCCUGGCAGGGGCUUUGUACUGUAUCCAGUGAAGUAUAAGGCCAUCGUCUUCCGUCCCUUCAAGGGGGAGGUGGUGGACGCUGUCGUUACACAGGUUAACAAAGUUGGACUAUUCACUGAAAUUGGGCCGAUGUCCUGUUUUAUUUCACGGCAUUCCAUUCCAUCAGAGAUGGAAUUCGACCCAUCCUCCAAUCCACCGAGCUACAAGUCAGCUGAAGAAGAUGUUGUUAUCCAGCAGGAUGAUGAAAUCAGGUUGAAAAUUGUAGGAACUCGAGUGGACAAAAAUGACAUUUUUGCCAUAGGAUCUCUGAUGGAUGAUUAUCUUGGGCUGAGCUGAUUUUUCUUGCUGAAUAUGGACAUUAUCUCAUCAUCUUCGGCACAUUUUCAUGUCUCCAGUCGUGGACAGUAGUUACAGGCUGAUAGAACUUAAGUUGCUUUUAUGUUUUAAGUUUAUUUUAUAUUGAUGCCUGAUUCAAUUUAAAGGUUAGUACUGUUUUUCGAGCAGACAAGUUUGGAUACCGUUUUAAACGUUUCAUAGAGUAAGAAAACAUAUGGUAUUGAAAUCAUGCCUGUUUUAAAAAUUCCUGCAACUUGCUCUAUGCUAUGGCCCAACACAAAGAUAAGUGCUGGAUUAUGUAUAUUUACUGACAUUUGGUAGUGUCAGUGUCCUUUCAAUAUGAAAAGGUAUGGUUCAAAUCAACAUGAACAAGGUGUCACUGUAUCAUAUUUUGAAUAAAUAUUUCUUGUAAUAA